AUGGAGUCCUCGUCGUCUUCAAGUUCCAGGCAUUCUUCUCCCACAAGUUCCCCUGAGAUACCGAAGAAAGCUCCACACUCACCAAAAAGUCCCCCUCUAAUGCAAAAAUCACCCCGGAGCCCCCCUGAGAUCCCGAAAAAAGCCUCUCAGUCCAAAGAAACAGCCCCUGAGAUCCCAAAGAAAGCCCCACAGUCUUCCCAAAGCCCUCCUGAGAUCCCAAAGAAAGCCCCAGAGUCCCAAAGUCCCCCUGAGAUCCCAAAGAAAGCCCCAAAGUCUUCCCAAAGCCCCCCUGAGAUCCCAAAGAAAGCCCCACAGUCCCAAAGUCCCCCUGAGAUCCCAAAGAAAGCCCCAAAGUCUUCCCAAAGCCCCCCUGAGAUCCCAAAGAAAGCCCCACAGUCCCAAAGUCCCACUGAGAUCUCAAAGAAAGCCCCACAGUCCCAAAGUCCCACUGAGAUCUCAAAGAAAGCCCCACAGUCCCAAAGUCCCCCUGAGAUCCCAAAGAAAGCCCCACAGUCCCAAAGUCCCACUACUGAGAUCCCAAAGAAAGCCCCACAGUCUUCCCAAAGCCCCCCUGAGAUCCUAAAGAAAGCUCCACAGUCCCAAAGUCCCCCUGAGAUCCCAAAGAAAGCCCCAAAGUCUUCCCAAAGCCCCCCUGAGAUCCAAAAGAAAGCCCCACAGUCCCAAAGUCCUGAAAAACUGAAAGAAGACCCCAUAAGCUCUCCUGAGACCCCAGAGAAGGUCACAAGCUCUCCUUCAGUCCCUCCUUCAGAGUUUAAAGUCUCCGAGUCACUUCCAAGUACUGAAGAGCCGAACACGAGCCACAAGUCCCCUUUAAGCCCUCCUGAGUCCCCAGCAGUUGAGUCGGAAGCAUUUCCCAAGAAGUCCCUUGGCAAUAAGAGCUUCAAGAGUUCUUUGCAAGUCUUCCUUCAACAGAAACAUGGCACGGAGUUACAGAAGACUAUUGAAUACAAGGCCAAAUUGGAGAGAGGGGAAGAAACCGACGAAGAUGGUGAUGCAGAAGAAGAAACAAGCAAGUGA